AAAGAUUAAUUUAUAAUAUAACAGACACACACAUAACCCCAUAUAAUUUUAAGUGUGUGUUGGUUAGCCAUUUUAUGUCUCACGUGUAUCGAGUCUGUACAAAUUGAGAGAUGUACCUUUUUUAAGAUGACUAUCUUUUAUAAAGAAAUUCCUAAAGAAAUGGAGGGCGAACCGAUGGAUGAAAUUAACGAGAAUAUGGAGGAAAGUAACAGUGAGAGUGAAGAAGAAGAAGACUCCAUGGAAAGUGAAGAAACUGAAGAAAAAGAAAAUCAAAAUACCGAAUCUAAAGUAUACCUUCCUGGACAACCACUGAAAAGUGGAGAAGAACUUGUGGUUGAUAAAUCAGCAUAUAGACUUCUACAUCAUGCACAAUCUGGUGCACCAUGUCUUAGUUUUGAUAUAAUCUUAGAUGACUUAGGUAAUAAUAGAGAAAAUUAUCCUUUGAGUAUGUACCUUGUUGCUGGAACACAAGCUGCCAAGACGCAUGUUAAUAAUCUUCUGGUUAUGAAAAUGAAAAACCUUCAUGCCACCAAGGAUGAUUCUGAUGAUGACUCAGAUGAUGAUGAACUAGACAGUGAUGAUGAUACAAAUACACCUGUAAUGUCUGUUGCACCAAUCAAACAUCAGGGUUGCAUUAAUAGAGUUAGAUACGCUAAACUCGGCGACGCAACUGUUGCAGCAAGUUGGAGUGAAUUGGGUCGUGUACAUAUUUGGAAUUUAGAUGAACAAUUAAAAGCACUUGAUAACGAUGAAUUGCUUCGUGCUUAUCGUAAGAAGUGUGAGAAACACGAUGGAGGCAUCAAAUCAUUAUUCACGUUUAAAGGACAUCUGUCGGAAGGAUAUGGAUUAGAUUGGUGUCCAACUGAAAUAGGUACUUUAGCUUCUGGUGAUUGUAAAGGAAAUAUUCACAUAUGGCGUAUUAGUAAUGGUAAUAGCGCGACGUGGCACGUGGAUCAAAGACCAUACAAUUCACACGCACCACAUAGCGUCGAAGAUAUUCAGUGGUCUCCUAAUGAAAGGCAUGUGCUUGCUUCGUGCUCUGUUGACAAAAGUAUUAAAAUUUGGGAUACGAGAUCAAGCCCGCAGUCCGCUUGCAUGUUGACAGCAUCUGGCACACAUACUGCUGACAUUAACGUUAUUUCAUGGAAUCGCAAUGAAAGUCAGUUUCUUGUAUCUGGUGGUGACGAUGGAUUGAUUUGUGUAUGGGAUUUGCGCCAGUUUGGUUCUAGUGGCUCAAGUCCAUUAGCCAUAUUUAAACAGCAUACUUCACCUGUUACAACAGUCGAAUGGCAUCCACAAGAAGCUACUGUAUUUGCUUCCGGUGGAGCCGAUGAUCAGAUUGCUCAAUGGGAUUUGUCAGUAGAAGCCGAUCAAUCGGAAGCCACAGAAAAUAAUGAAUUGAAGGAAUUGCCUUCUCAGUUGUUAUUUAUACAUCAAGGUCAAACUGAUAUUAAAGAACUACAUUGGCAUCCUCAAUGUACUGGUGUUGUAAUAUCGACAGCACAUUCAGGAUUUAACAUAUUUCGUACAAUUAGUGUAUAAUAAACUAAUUUCUUUAAGAA